AUGCCUUACCUGCUCCUGAACCCAUCCACGCCAGAGAUAAGGCCUCGGAUGUACCCUGUGUUUUUUGGAGAAAGCAUUGAGGUCAGCCCCGAGCCCGUGCAGGAAAUCAGGUGCAAUUCCGAAGUGAAGUACGACUCCGAGAAGCAUUAUCGGGAUGACAUCUUCUACGGCCCCAUCCCCACCGUCACCACCUACAGCGAAACCGUCAUCGCUGCUCCCAACUGUACCUGGCGUAACUACAAGUCCCAGCUGAUCUUUGAGCCCCGCCAGAAGCCGCUGAGGUUUCAGAGCACGACCAUCAUUUUUCCUAAGCGUGCCAAGAACAUUUACCGGACCACCCUCAACUACAGCUUGGGUUGUGCCAAGCGUUGGUUUGCCUCCAGCGUGCAGCUGGAACUCUGCGAGGAAACCAGCCCGUGCGUCAUCUACAGUGAGACCCUCUGA